AUGGAAUACACAGUAGCGCAGUCAGACUCGAUUGAACGGAUUGCUGCAGUACAUGAUUGUACUGUGGGUGAGCUGAUGAAGAUGAAUCGACUUGCAACACGAAUGGUAUUUCCUGGACAGAAGCUUCUUGUUCCUUAUCCGUUGGAUGAGAAUGAUGUCUGUAAUGCUAUUUCGGGAAGUCGUCUCUCUGCGAAUCAAGCCACAAUAACUGCUGGAAAUUCAAGCGGAGAUAGAAUUCGACGCGGGCCUGGAAUGGCGGUUCAGGUGUGUGGCCCUACCGCCACACUAUCAGAUAUUUCAAGAACUGCAUUGGAAAAACAUCGUAUAUCUUUGGCAGAAGAUGAAACAAACACGGACUGUAUGAAAAGAUUCAUCAAGUUAAAGGUUAAACAAAUGACUGAAGUUAAUGGAACAGUGACAGGCACUUUGCUGGUGACACCUAGUGCCUUAAUGUUUGAUCCAGAUGUUAUACAUCCUCUGGUUCUUGAGAAUGGGCAGGAUUUGUAUAUUAUGAUGGCUCGGAUGGAAGAAGUGAUUUCUGUAACGAUGUUUAAGAGUGCUGCGGUAUUAAUUGAUACUGAGGGCAAUAAAGAAUUUCACGAUCUCGCUGUUCAAGAUCCAUCUGCUCCUGAAUGUUCUACCGUUCUCGCGGCUUUCCGGGAGGAAACUGUUAGCAAAACAUCGAAGAAUUCGACAGAUGACAUUCAUACAAAUACAGGUGGUCAGUCGUCAAAAAUCUUUUUUGAUGACAUGGACCUGGAACUAAAGCGGAAAGAAGAUAAGGAGAUACACAUUGGACAUGUUGGGUCGGAUUUUAAAUCCUUGCUGAUUACCAAGAAAGGAAGUAAAUUAGAUGAAGCUGCUCGAACUGCUCGGCGCACUUAUUCUGAUCUGUCGAACGGGCGGAAAGGUAAUGAAAUUGACAAAAUAUUUAUCUCUGGAAACGAUAAGGACAAGCCGGAAUAUUGUUCGCAGCCCUCGACAAGCACAAAUGUUGCACGUACUGGAUUAACUUGUAAUCCGCUUUCUAAACUCGGGAGAACGUUAAGUUUUCAUGCAAACACCAUUCGCGGUUCGGUGACCUCUGGAGCUGAACGUAUGACACAGUCAGCAAUGAGUGGUACAAAGUCAGUUGCUCAGGGUGUUGUUUCUCAAAGCAAAGCUGUUGCAGGCACACUACAAACUGGUAUUCAAACAAGUGUUAAAGUGGCAGCAAAUCAUGCGAAAACUGCUGUUGGUGUAGUAACUACAAUGCCGCAAGGUAUCGCUAGCAUGGGUAGCGGUUUGUUCUCUGCAUCGCAACAUCCUGAAACGUUUUUUGAGGAUAAGGCUGUUUCAAAGACACGAAAAGAGCAAAAUUUGGCUACGUUACUCUCGUUAAAAGAAAAGACUCAAAAACUGAGAGAGGAAGCAAUGAAAAACAAGCACUUCUUUUGCGCUACAUCAACGGAUGAAAUGAUAAACCUGUUCAAACCGGUACACGAACUUCCUUCUGCUACACAAACAUUUUCAGCAGCUGAAAAAAGCACCUUGACUGACUUACCGUACUAUAUGGUUGUUCGUCUGAACAGAAAAAAAAAGUGUGACAAAGAACGAUUCUCAGCAAUUGAUACUGUGCGUUCAUCACCAGCAACUACCGAAGAUGUGAUUGCUAACGAUGCAAGACAAGAAUUCUGGUUUGCUAUACCAAAGCAUAAAGUUGAUGCUAUUUAUCACUUCCUAUUGCAGUGGAAUCCAGAGAAAUAUGGGUCUAGUAUAAAUGAGUCAGUUGAUCAGCAGGAAAUAUGCGAGAUGUUUGAAGACUGUGAAUUUGUGGUUCUGGACUCAGAAACUAGCGAGAAAUUUGCAACAAAUGCCUUCUUAUAUAAGGUUAUUAUAACGAAAGAUCGUGUCAUCUAA